AAUCCCCCCCCCUCCCCGAACGCAAUCUGCUCAAAUUGAAUGAAGUUAAGGUUUCCUUCCCCGUCGUCGUUAUCUGGCCACGUUAAUCCGCUCGACUCCGCAUGAAAAGAGAGGAGACGACGCCGUCGGCGAGGAAUGCGCAGAGCCCCCGGUUUUAAUAUCAAGAUGCCAUGGACUGGCCUUCCCGUCUCCGCAGAGCUGGUAUCACACUACUGCAUAUCGAUGCCGUGAAGCGAGGUGUCAAGUGGUCCGUCCUGGCGCUGCUGCUGCUGCUGCUGCUGCUGCUGCUGCUGCUGAUGCUGAUGCUGUCUCACUCCUCGAUCACGGGCACAGAGCCACCAGGGAGCGAAGCCAGUUUGCGUUGCCCUGCAGAACCAAAACAAUGGAGGUGAAAAACGAACAGCAGGACGAAGACAUUACUUUCAGCAACACUGACGCUAAUGGUAAACGCCCAGCUGAGGACCUGGAUGAGGAGCAGGCCUUCAAACGUUCACGCAACACAGACGAGAUGGUGGAGCUGCGCGUUCUGCUUCAGAGCAAAAAUGCUGGUGCUGUUAUUGGAAAGGGUGGGAAGAACAUAAAAGCUCUGCGCACAGACUACAAUGCCAGUGUAUCUGUCCCAGACAGCAGUGGCCCAGAGCGGAUCCUGAGUGUGAAUGCCAGCAUCGAUGUUAUUGGAGAGAUUCUUCUGAAAAUCAUACCAACUCUAGAGGAGUACCAACAUUACAGUGGGAUUGAUUUCGACUGUGAGCUCCGGCUGCUGAUCCAUCAGAGCUUGGCAGGGGGCAUCAUCGGGGUGAAAGGUGCCAAGAUAAAAGAACUGAGAGAGAACACCCAGACCACAAUCAAGUUGUUCCAGGAGUGUUGUCCUCACUCUACUGACAGAGUGGUCUUGGUUGGAGGAAAACCAGAACGUGUCAUUGAAUGUAUAAAGGUCAUCCUGGAGCUGGUAUCAGAGGCACCGAUCAAAGGUCGUGCUCAGCCGUAUGACCCCAAUUUCUAUGACGAGACGUACGACUAUGGAGGUUUUACCAUGUUAUUUGAGGAAAGAGGGAGGCGACCCAUUGGCGGCUUCCCCAUUCGUGUGCGUGGUGGUUUCGAGCGCAUGCCCCCCGUUCGUGGCAACAGGCCGAUGCCUCCCUCCAGAAGAGACUACGACGACAUGAGCCCACGUCGGGGUCCCCCACCACCGCUCAGCAGAGGCGGGAGGGGAGGGAGCCGAGCACGAAACCUGCCACUUCCCCCACCACCACCGCCGAGAGGAGGUGGAGACAGGUUUGCACAUGGCAGCUACCACAGCAGCAUGGACGACCGACCAAGUGACAGGAGAGGAAGAGGAGGGGACCGUUACGACAGCAUGAGUGGAGGCGGAUAUGAUAAUAAUUCUUCCUGGGACCACUUUCAGUCUGGUGGUAGAGGAUCCUACAGUGAUAUCGGAGGGCCAGUCAUCACGACGCAAGUCACCAUCCCCAAAGAUCUGGCUGGCUCCAUCAUCGGCAAAGGCGGCCAGAGGAUCAAGCAGAUCCGCCACGAGUCUGGGGCAUCUAUCAAGAUUGAUGAACCACUAGAGGGCUCUGAGGACCGCAUCAUUACCAUCACAGGAACACAGGACCAGAUCCAGAACGCCCAGUACCUGCUGCAGAACAGCGUGAGGCAGUACUCUGGUCGGUUCUUCUGAGAAGACAGAAGCGAGGACGAUGAAUGAAGCCAUGCUACCAUACUGUUUGCUCCUUCUAUUCAAAGCCUACAUUCCUCUGCUUUGGGUUGAUGCGCCCUCUCCCCUCACACCACACACAACACCACGUGUCUACGUUACACAUUUUAUUUAAGGUUUAUCUAAAACUGUCCAUCGACAGACAAGGAGUCGACAUGUUUCUGUGCAGGUGUAAUUAUCUUUUGGGAGAUUCUUGUGCCGUCAUUGGAGUAAACUUGUGUGUGUGUGUGUGAAGACUUUUUAGUGUUGUGAGCCACCCCUGGCCUUUCUCUCCCGCAUUUCAGUACAGCAUGCAGAAUGUAAUCAUUUUGUAAGAAACAUUGUGAUUUUUUUUUUCUUACAUGUUGAAGCACACUCUCCAAAUGAAGACGCGUGGUCUGAGAACCAUUUAAAUAUAGAAUUUUAAUUUUACACUACAACAACAGACAUACUUUAAAUCUUUACAAUGAAGUGCUUUUGUAAAAUGUGAUUUAAAGGAAACGCUUGACAUUUUGGGAAAUGCUUAUUUGCUUUCUGGCAUUGUUUUAGAUAUGAAGAUCAGCACUUUUCUCAAGGGAAUUUAACUAUGGCUUAGAGUAAACAAAGAGACUUUGGAUAGAAGCAAUGUUUAUCUGUCUGAGUCCUGACUGUUAGUGAGACUAAUUUGCCAAGUUUUCUUAAUUUGAUUAAUCUUUAAUUUAAUGUCUUUACAUAACAGUUUAGUAUCAGCCAUGUUUUUUCUUCCAAUCUCUAACUUGAGGACCUGACUAUAAAGCUAUAUUUUAAGAUGUUUACAACCUGGGAGUUACCCACAUUUUUCAUAAAUCAAAUAUAUGCAUUUCACAAAAUGUCAAACAUUUGAAGCUAAAUAUUGUGCCAGUGUGAUAGAGCAAAAAUUUGAUGUUUUUCAAGGAAGGAAAAGCUGUAUAAAGUGUGAAUAGGUGUGUGUGUAUAUUUACAUAGAACCUGUAAUUUCUGAAGAGCUCAUCCUACUUUCUACUUUCUUGGAAGAAGAUGGAGCCAAAUGACAGGUUUGGGAAUCUCUGUCUUUGACCUUUGGUUCACUUUGGAUGGACUCGCUGUGAUGAACCCUGCUCGCUCUACGUUUUUAAUUUUGACAAGCAUUUUUAAACUUUUUCUGAGAGGAUCUUUAAAGGUGCAGUUCGGUGCGAGGAGGCGACAGCGUCGUGAGUCCGUGCGUGGUGUUUUCUGUCUGAUCUCUGUAGCACCUGCAGGUGUUGAAUAAAUAAAGACUGUGAAACGGUU